UGAAGGUGUCUUGCCGUAUCAGCUCUAAUUCGACAGUUAUGUGAAGAUGGCGGCUCAGAGUCGCUCUCUGCCGCUGCUUCUGCUCGUCUCCUCGCUGUGUCUCUGGAGCUCGGUAACCGUCUUGGGCCUGAAGGCAGCGAACUCCCCGCCCGAGACGCCCAAACAAGCCAAUGUCGGAACCGUCGACCAUCCGGAUAAGAAUGCACCUGUCGCCGCUGCCGCCGGGGCCUCUCAGCCGCGAAGGGCGAGCGGCUGGAAGCUGGCGGAGGAGGCGGCCUGCCGGGAGGACCUGACCCGCCUGUGCCCCAAGCAGACCUGGUCCAACAACCUGGCCGUUCUGGAGUGCCUUCAGGACCGCAGAGAGGAAAUUGAGCUGGCACCCAACUGCAACCAUCUUCUGUGGAAUUACAAACUGAACCUGACGACUGAUCCAAAGUUUGAGUCUGUGGCCACAGAGGUCUGCCGGAGCACCAUCACUGAGAUAAAGGAGUGUAAUGAGGAGGAGCGAGGGCGGGGCUACCUGGUGUCCUGCCUGGUGGAUCACAGAGGCAACAUCAGCGAGUACCAGUGCAACCAGUACAUCACCAAGAUCACCAGCAUCAUCUUCAGCGACUACAGGCUCAUUUGUGGCUUCAUGGAUAAAUGCAAAGAGGAUAUAAACAGCCUGCGCUGCGGCAGCAUCAACGUAGGACAGAAGGAUAUGCACUCGCAGGGCGAGGUGAUCGCCUGCCUGGAGAGGGCGCUGGUGAGGCAGGCGGAGCAGCAGGAGCGAGUCCAUCCCAUCAAAGAGGAGUGUCAGAAAGCGAUCCUCCGGGUGGCAGAGCUGUCGUCUGAUGACUUCCACCUGGACAGGCACCUUUACUUCGCCUGCCGAGACGACCGGGAGAGGUUCUGCCAGAACGUCCAGGCAGGAGAAGGGAAGGUCUACAAGUGUCUGUUCAACCAUAAGUUUGAGGAAGCCAUGUCCGAAAAGUGCAGAGACGCCCUGACGACCCGACAGAAACUUAUCUCCCAGGACUACAGAGUCAGCUACUCUUUGGCGAAAGCCUGCAAGCUGGACCUGAGGAAGCAGCGCUGCAGCCUGGACAGCAGCUUGCCGCGUGCCCGCGAGGCGCGGCUGUCCUACCUGCUGCUGUGCCUGGAGGCCGCCGUGCACCGAGGCCGUCCGGUGAGCGGCGAGUGUCAGGGGGAGAUGCUGGACUUCAGGAGGAUGCUGAUGGAGGAUUUUUCCUUGAGCCCAGAGAUCGUCCUUCACUGCCGGACGGAAAUCGAGGCCCAGUGCUCCGGUUUGCACCGUAAGGGCCGGACGCUGCACUGCUUGAUGCGACUCGGCCGAGGCGACCGCAGCAGCGCCGUCGACAGCGUCUGCCAGAACGCGCUGCAAACUCUGAUCCAGUCUGCGGAUCCGGGAGCCGAUUACCGGAUCGACCGAGCGCUGAACGAGGCCUGCGAAUCCGUCAUCCAGACCGCCUGCAAACACAUCCGCAGCGGAGACCCAAUGAUCCUCUCCUGCCUGAUGGAGCAUCUGUACACUGAGAAAAUGGUGGGCGACUGUGAGCAUCGCCUGCUGGAGCUGCAGUAUUUCAUAUCCAGAGACUGGAAAUUGGACCCGACCCUGUACAGGAAGUGUCAGGGCGACGCGGCCCGACUCUGCCACACCCUCGGCUGGAACGAGACGAGCGAGCUGAUGCCGCCAGGCGCCAUUUUCUCCUGCCUGUACCGCCACGCUUACCGCACAGAGGAGCAGGGUCGCCGGGUGCGACCAGAUGAGCAGUUGUCUCGGGACUGUAAAGUGGAGGUUCAGAGGAUUCUCCACCAGAGGGCGCUGGAUGUGAAGCUGGACCCAGAGCUGCAGAAGCGCUGCAUGACCGACUUGGGCAAGUGGUGCAGCGACAAGACGGACACGGGACAGGAGCUGGAGUGUCUGCAGGAGCAUUUGGAGGACCUGGUGUCCAGCUGCAGGGAGGUUGUUGGCAACCUGACGGAGCUGGAGUCAGAGGACAUCCAGAUCGACGCCCUGCUGAUCAGAGCCUGUGAGCCCAUCAUCCAGGGCUACUGCCAUGACGUAGCUGAUAACCAGAUCGAUACCGGAGACCUGAUGGAGUGUUUGGUCCAGAAUAAACACCAGAAAGACAUGAACGAAAAGUGUGCCGUCGGCGUCACGCACUUCCAGCUGAUUCAGAUGAAGGAUUUCCGUUUCUCUUACAAGUUCAAGAUGGCCUGCAAGGAAGACGUUCUGCGCUUGUGUCCCAAUAUUAAAAAGAAGGUGGAUGUUGUCAUUUGUCUCAGCACCACAGUGAGGAACGACACGCUGCAGGAGGUCAGAGAGCAGCGAGUGUCUCUGAAAUGUCGCAAGCAGCUGCGGGUGGAGGAGCUGGAGAUGUCUGAAGACAUUCGGCUGGAACCGGAGCUGUACGAACCCUGCAAGUCCGACAUCAGCCGCCUGUGUCCCAACGUGGCGUUUGGGAACGCCCAGAUGAUCGAGUGUCUGAAGGAGCAGAAGAAGCAGCUGAGUCAGCGCUGCCACCAGAGGGUCUUCAAGCUGCAGGAGGUGGAGAUGAGCGACCCGGAGCUCGACUACCAGCUCAUGAGAGUCUGCAAGCAGAUGAUCAAGCGUUUCUGCACUGAAGCGGAUGCCAGGAACGUCCUGCAGUGCCUGAAGCAGAACAAGAACAGCGAGCUGAUGGACCCCAAGUGCAAGCAGAUGAUCACCAAGAGGCAGAUCACCCAGAACACUGACUACAGACUGAACCCGGUGCUGAGGAAAGCCUGCCGAGCCGACAUCCCCAAGUUCUGCCAAUCCAUCCUGAACAAAGCCAGCGAGGACAGCGAGCUGGAGGGUCAGAUCAUCGCCUGCCUCAAACUCAAAUACGCCGACCAGAGGUUGUCUCCAGAUUGUGAAGACCAGAUCAGGGUGAUUCUCCAGGAGUCGGCGCUUGACUACAGAUUGGACCCACAGCUGCAGAUGCACUGCUCAGACGAGAUCUCCAGAUUGUGCGCGGAGGAGGCGGCUGCUCAGGAGCAAACCGGGCAGGUGGAAGAAUGUCUGAAAGGAAACCUGCUGAAGAUCAAACAGGAAGCCUGCAAAAAGGAGGUACUGAACAUGCUGAAGGAGAGCAAGGCGGACAUUUUUGUCGACCCGGUUCUCCACACGGCCUGCGCCCUGGACCUCAAACACCACUGCGCCGCCAUCACGCCCGGCAGGGGGCGACAGAUGUCGUGCCUGAUGGAGGCGCUGCAGGACAAGAGGAUCCGACUGCAACCCGAGUGCAAGAAGAGACUUCAAGACCGCAUCGACAUGUGGAGCUACGCCGCCAAGGUGGCGCCAGCUGAGGGCUUCUCGGACCUGGCGGUGCAGGUGAUGACGUCGCCCUCUAAGAACUACAUCCUGCUGGUGAUGGCGCUUAGCGUGUGCGUCCUGUUCCUGGUGGGGCUGCUGUGCGGCCGCAUCACCAAGCGAGUGACCCGGGAGCUGAAGGACCGGUAGAACCGACUGCUCUUCCUCCUACUCCUCUUCCUCCUCCGUCUCCCUCAGCCCCCGCUAACAGUGCCAACGCCUCUUCCCAACCCGCUCUCCUCUGUAGAAAACCAAAUGCUUGAGCCUCCGUUUGGACUUCUCUGAACGCCUGGUGUGGCUUUUUGGAGACGAAGCCGCCCCGUUUAUUUAAACUCCUCCAUGAACGCUGUUGCUGUGACGAUGGACUGCUGCUGGGCUGAGGUUCUGGCCCAGUGACGAUUUAUUUUGGUACUAUUAUCGCAGCUGCUGCGUAAUUCGCGUUUGUUUGAAGCAAAUCUCAUCGGUUCAGGAUCAGAAACGCCGAGCCGGCCUUCAUGAACAUCACUCCGUUUAAUUUAACAUUAACUUCACUGCACUUUUUUACUUCAGUGUCUAAUUUAUUGAGUGUUCUAAUGACGGCGUAUUAGGGCCAUUUUACGUACGAAAAAAGGAAUACAUCUCUGCAAAAAAAAGUACAUUUUGAAAUUAAGCUCAGAAAAUUUUCAGAAAAAUUCUUAGUCUCAAAAGUUUACUUUUCUUUUAAUUGAUAUUUGAAAUUCAGAAAAUGUUCAUAUUUUGUUAAAAAAAUUCACUUUUGGAAAGUUGGAAAGAUAUUUCCUUGUUUUUUUCUUGAGAAUUGAUCUCAAAAUUUCUGUUUCUUCUAGCAAAUUUUCAACUUUUGAAUCUCAAAUAUUCCAAAGUCAAACAUUUCCAACUUUGAAACUCAGAAAUUACCAUUUUUCUUCUACAACAUUUCUGAGAUUCAGCUCAAAAUUUGAGAUUUUUUCUUGCAAAUGUUCAAUUUUCAAAAUUUACUAGUGUACACUGUUCAACUUUUGAAUUUUUAUGGGUUUUUUACGAGAAAAUUUCAGAGCUCAAUUUCAAACUAAAAUGGCCUUAGUACAUAUAUUCUGAUGUUGCACUUUUCUUUGAGAGUGUGGAAAUAUUUCUUCUGGCCAUAUGGAAGAACAAAAGUGGAAUAACUGAAGCGAACCAAAAAUUAGAUUGAAAUGUUUUGAUUUUCACCAUAAAAAAACCUGUUAGCCUUCUAAUUAGCUUAAUUAACCAUUUUAUGAUAUAAAAACAGCCUGGAACUGGGGAUUGUAAUAAAAAUGUAAAAAUCAAAUGUUUAAUAUGCUUUAAUCUAAAUUCUUGUAGCUAAUAUUUGCAGAUUUUUUACAUUAAUUUCUCUGAGGGAUUAGGUGGAUGUGUAGCAUGUAAGCUGGUCUAUAUUCUCAGAGGGAAGCUAGCUGGAAGCUAAUGCUUAAUCAGUUUUUUAUUUUCAGCUUGUACAGAUUAAAUGGUGAGCAGUUUUUUUUAAUAUGCCAUGUACUAUGGAGAACAGAUUUAUUAUUGUGACGUUUUAUUUUGCUGUACAGAUUGAAGUUGUCAAUUUAAUAAAAAAAUGUCUGCAGUUUUCAAAUA